CACCAAGAAGCCAACCGCUUUGGCGAAGAUCCAUUUGGAGGAUGGAACAACUCUCAUCGGAAAAUCAUUCGGUAGCCACGAAAGUGCGGAAGGAGAGGUGAGUAACUUGACAAUGCAGUACAUUUGAAUGAAAUGUAACAAGCAUCAGGAAGAGAGCGAUAGCAUAGAUCCUCACAUUCGCAUUGAAAUUUUACUCUAACCACUACGCAUGAAUGAAUUCAUAGGUUGUUUUUGCUACCGGUAUGGUCGGUUACCCUGAGAACAUGACGGAUCCCUCCUAUCAAGGUCAAAUUUUGUCCCUGACAACACCUAUGGUUGGUAACUACGGUGUCCCCGACCGAAAGACCUUGGACGAAUACGGUCUCCCAAAAUAUUUCGAAUCCGACAAGAUUCAUGUCAAUGGUCUUAUUGUUCAGGAUUACUCCCACCAUUAUUCUCACUGGAACGCGGCCUCUUCUCUCGGUGACUGGAUGAAAGAACAAGGAGUCCCUGGUCUUUCUGGUAUCGACACUCGAAUGUUGACAAAGAAAAUCAGAGAAAGUGGAGCGUUGAUGGGAAGAAUCGAGGUCGAUCUUGAUGCCCCAGCACCAGAUUUUAGCACGAUACAAAAUGCCAACUUGCGUCACUUGGUCGAUGAAGUCAGCAUCAAGGAGCCAGUUGUCUACGGGAAGGGAAAUGCAACGAAGGUGAUCGCCGUCGAUUGCGGUAUGAAAAACAACAUCAUUCGACACUUGGUCAAGCGUGGAGUCGAAUUGACGGUAGUUCCUUGGGAUUACCCCUUUGCCUCUGAAAUGCACCUGUACGAUGGUCUUUUCUUGUCGAACGGACCCGGUGAUCCCACCAUGUGCAAAGAAACGAUCGCCGAGCUCGAAAAAGUGAUUUCCGUACCCGACGACCAAGUCAAGCCUAUCUAUGGUAUUUGUCUCGGAAACCAACUGAUGGGACUUGCGGCAGGUGGACAAGCCGAAAAGCUUCCAUUCGGUCACCGUGGACAAAACCAGCCUGUCCUGAAUCACCAAACGGGAGAAUGCUACAUUACCCCUCAAAAUCACGGUUUCGUCAUUGACUGCACCACGCUCCGCCCAGGAUGGAAGACUCUUUUCACCAACGCGAACGAUGGCUCCAACGAAGGUAUCGCACACACGAGCCGACCUUACUUUACCGCACAGUUCCACCCUGAAGCUGCAUCUGGACCCUGUGAUACAGAAUUCAUGUUCGACACAUUCCUCGAAGCCUGCAGUAAGCCUAUGGACAAGAUCACAUUCCCAGUCCGAAAACCUCCUCCUCCACGACCGGAUGUGAAGAAGGUUCUGUUAUUGGGAAGUGGUGGAACCUCAAUUGGUCAAGCAGGAGAAUUCGAUUACUCUGGAGGACAAGCAAUCAAGGUAAGUCAGACACACAGCUCACGUCAUCUGUUCACAUGUAUUUCAAGGACAGAAAGAAUUGUCUAAUGAAUUUGUCAUUUUCAUUGCUGAAUCAUUAUUAUAGGCUCUCAAAGAAGAAGGAAAGGAAGUUGUCCUGAUGAAUCCCAACAUUGCUUCCGUUCAAACCAACAUGGACAGCAAGUCCGAAUUCAAGGCUGACCACACCUUUUUCUUGCCAGUGACACCCGAAUUCGUCGAGGAGGUCAUCAAGAAGGAAAAGCCCGAUGGUAUCGUUGUUUCCAUGGGUGGACAAACGGCCCUUAACUGCGCCGUUGAAAUGUACGAAGCCGGAACUCUCCAGAAGUACGGUGUCGAAGUUCUUGGAACUCCCAUUGAUGUAGUUAUCAACACCGAAGACAGACAAUUGUUCUCGGAUCGUUUGAAUGAAAUCAACGAAAAGAUUGCAAAGUCUUAUACUGCUGAUACUGUCGAAGAAGCUGUAGAAGCCGCGAAAGAAAUUGGAUACCCUCUCAUGAUCCGAUCUGCCUUUGCGCUUGGAGGUCUCGGAAGUGGUAUGUGUUACGAUGAAGACCAUCUCCGACACAUGGCGAGACAAGCCUUGUCUACGUCUCCUCAAAUUCUCGUCGAAAGAAGUAUGAAGGGAUGGAAGGAAGUUGAAUACGAAGUUGUCCGUGAUGCGUACGACAAUUGUGUGACCGUUUGCAACAUGGAAAACUUCGACCCGCUUGGAAUCCACACUGGGGAUAGUAUGGUCAUGGCUCCAUCUCAAACUCUAUCGGAUGAAGAAUACCACAUGCUCCGUAAUACUGCCAUCAAAACCGUACGCCAUCUUGGUAUCAUUGGAGAAUGUAAUAUUCAGUACGCUCUCCACCCCGAAUCUCUUGAAUACUGCAUUAUCGAAGUCAAUGCUCGUCUCUCCCGAUCGUCUGCUUUGGCUUCGAAGGCAACUGGAUACCCACUUGCUUUCGUGGCUGCCAAACUAUGUCUUGGAAUCCCAAUGACGGAAGUUAUUAACGCCGUAACCAAGAAGACUCAGGCAGCAUUCGAGCCUAGUUUGGAUUACAUUGUCACUAAGAUCCCUCGUUGGGAUAUGACGAAGUUCCAGCACGUCAGCCGUGAAAUUGGUUCUGCAAUGAAAUCCGUUGGUGAGGUCAUGAGUAUUGGCCGCACAAUGGAGGAAUCUUUCCAAAAGGCUAUGCGUAUGGUUGACCCAUCUAUUGCUGGAUUCGAACCGCACGAUCGAUUCGAGACCAUUGAAGAUCUGAAGCAAGAGUUGGCGGUCCCUACCGACCGUCGUAUCUAUGCUAUUGCACAAGCUAUGCACGAAAAGACUCUAAGCGUUCAGGAAAUCCACGAUAUUACCAAGAUUGAUCACUGGUUCUUGCGUAAACUUGAAAACAUUGUUCAAACUAGAAGCCAACUUGAAGCAACCACGCUUGACUCUUUGGACCAUGAACUCAUGCUUGACGCAAAGAAGGUCGGAUUUUCUGAUUCUCAAAUCGCCAAUAUUUUCAAGUGCAGCGAAGACGAUGUCCGAAACAAGCGCAUUGGUCUCGGAGUUGAACCCGUCGUCAAGCAGAUUGAUACUCUUGCUGCCGAAUACCCUGCUGCCACCAACUACCUGUACAUGACUUACCAUGGAACAGAAAACGAUGUCGAGGCCGAAGAUGGAGGUGUUGCUGUUCUUGGAAGCGGUGCCUACCGUAUUGGAUCGUCUAUCGAGUUCGAUUGGUGCGGAGUUAGUUCCAUUCGUUCGCUCCGAAAGAUGGGAUACAAGGCCACUAUGAUCAACUACAACCCAGAAACUGUCUCCACGGAUUAUGAUGAAUGCGACCGCAUGUACUUCGAAGAAUUGAACCGCGAACGUGUUCUCGAUAUCUACCAGCGAGAUAAUUUGGAUGGAGUUGUUGUCAGUGUUGGAGGACAAAUUCCAAACGGCCUUGCCAUUCCUCUGGCAGACGCUGGUGUCAAGCUUUUGGGUACUUCUGCGAAGAUGAUUGAUAACGCCGAAGAUCGUAACAAGUUUUCCGCCAUGAUCGAUGAAAUCGGUGUCCAGCAACCAAGGUGGCUCGAACUCACCGAUAGCGGAAGCGCCAUCGACUUUGCCAACGACGUCGGAUACCCUGUGCUUGUGCGUCCUUCGUAUGUGCUCAGUGGAGCUGCCAUGAACGUUGCGUGGAACGAUGAGCAACUGAAGGCAUUUUUGAACGAAGCAGCAACCGUUUCCAAGGAUCAUCCCGUUGUCAUCUCUGACUUUAUCGAAGGAGCUACCGAAAUCGAAUUCGAUGGUGUUGGAAAGGACGGUGAAAUCAUCGCCGCCGCGAUCCACGAGCACAUCGAAAACGCCGGAGUCCACUCCGGAGAUGCCACAUUGGUUCUUCCUCCUCAAACUCUCUCCGACUACACCAAGCACCGUGUUCGCGAUGCUGCCAAGAAGAUUGUCAAGCGUCUGAACAUUACCGGACCCGUCAACAUUCAGUUUGUCGCCAAGGGAACAGACGUUAUGUGUAUCGAGACCAACGUUCGUGCGUCCCGAUCCUUCCCAUUCGUUUCCAAAACCAUGGGUGUUGAUUUCAUCGAAGCCGCUACUCGUGCUAUGGUCGACGAAGACACCUCGGACAUGAACUUGCCUACUCUGGAAACCAGAGAUCGACCAAGUGGAUACGUUGGUGUCAAGGCCCCCAUGUUCUCUUUCACUCGUCUUCGAGGUUCCGAUCCUGUUCUAGGCGUAGAGAUGGCCUCUACCGGAGAAGUUGCAUGCUUCGGAAAGACCCGAGAGGAAGCCUUCUUGAAGUCGAUGCUCUCCACCGGCUUCAAAAUGCCGAAGAAGAACAUUUUGGUUUCGGUCCAAGAAUCGCUCCAAGACGAAUUCACCCACAGCGCAUGGCAGUUGAUCGAGCAAGGUUACACUCUGUAUGCCACCGAGAACACCGCCGAGGUGUUGAAGAAGAACCAGGUUCCUUGCACCGUUGUUGCAUACCCCACCGACGAGGGAUCGGAUCUGCCCAACGCCAGCGAGCUCAUCAAGAAGGGUGAUGUUGGUAUGGUCAUCAACAUCCCCACGUACGAGUCGAAGAGACUGGAAGACAACUACAGCAUGAGACGAACUGCUAUGGACUACGGAGUCCCACUCCUCACGAACACGCAACUCGUGAAGGUAUUCGCCAAUGCCGUCCAAGAGCACGAUCGUGACAAGGGUCUCGAACCAGCCACUCUGUUCGAACACUACCAAGGCGAGAAGGGAUCGGAUGCAUGGACGGACGCUUCCGAAUUCCAUUAAGUGGUACAAACUUCAUACAUGAUGAAUCACCUGUUGUCGAAGCAUUGCGGAAGGGGAGCCUUUGCUAAUUGUUAUACAAAUUAAUUCGGAACAACUAG